AUGGCCUGUUUAUGCGGGUGCAUCAAUCAACUGAUUGAUAACUUUGAUCCGCAAACGGCCGCCGGCCUCGCCUCAUCCCUGAACAAGCACCUCGAGGCCAUCCGCAGCAUCCUCGCUAGGAAUAAAUCCCUCGCCAAGGAGGUGCGCUACCAGAUCAUCCCCAGCAACCAGCGCACAGCAAAGAUUUUAUCUCUACACUCUAUCGAUCUCGUCAAGAUUGAGAGGUUGCAUAGCGUGUUUAAAGAUGACGUCAAGGGUUAUGAGCGUUACCUUAACAUGGAUGACGCCGAGGCCUUUGAUCACAUCCAGAACCUAGGCGCCGACGCGCCGGACCUGAACCUUUUCGUGCAGCGCCUCAUCACGGCUCAACUUGACGAUCCCUCGCUUGCAUUGUCACAUCGGAAUUUACUGCUAGAGUAUGGAGACUGCAUAUCACCAGCCGAGCAGGGUCUUCUUCUCCUGCAUGCUCUUGGCGGAAAUGACAUUCCACUCGAUUUGCUCAAAUGCGCCAAGAUUCCAAUGAGACGAUGGACCAAUGAAGGAGAGAUACAGAGCAUAACAGCCUCCGAUUUCGGGUUCAAUGCUGAAAUAAUCGGGCUGUUGUCGAGUGAUGAGCGUCUUGCGGAAUUGGGUCAACGGCCAGAAGUUACACAACAGGCUUUAGAGGAUGGCACGAUUAUCUGGUCUUUAUCGUCCGAUGCGCAAAUAGAGCUCGCUCAUCGAUUGACACCACAAACAACGGAAGAUUGGGCGACGACUGCGCUCAAGUUGCUAUGCUUUGCAUGUCCUCCUUGCUACGAAGGCAAAGUCAAUUGGGCACUGCCGCUCAAAAAGGCGAUAUGGAAUCUCCUUGACAAAGCGACGAACCAGAAACGACUGCCCUCUUCACUUCGCGCAUGCGUCAUAGAAGCUCUCCUUUUUUUCUGCGAGCGCGAUCUCUUCGCAAUUCGCUAUGCAGCCGUUGAACGAGCAAAAUCCCUCCUUCGCAAAAACAUGUCAUUUUACUACCAAGCUUCAGUUACACUCUUCGAUAGCAUAAUAUCGCGUAUUGAUGGGAACUUUCAGCGGUCGGAGGCGCUGAUUGUUGACUUUUUGGCGGCGGAUUACGAAGGGAAUACACGAUCUGAUAAUGCGUUACGGGGAAGAUUGCACAUAUCGAAUAUCGAGAACAAAAUACAUCGGUAUGAUCCCGGAGUUGCAUCGACGAUAUAUAACUGGGAGGGAAUCCAUCCGCUUUCGACGUUUGAGAUUGAAGUUACGAGGAGACUUCAAGGCGUGGCGGCAAAGUUCUUCCAUUCAAUCGGAGACUUUAAAACGACCAGGGCGUCUCUGGAACAGCAUCUCUGGCUCAACUCUACGAUGCCGAUAAGGCCGAAUACGCGGUUACUUAUUGUCACGAGGCUAGCAGAGAUUCACUGCGAGUUGCUCGAGUACGAAAAAGCCCUGGAGAUUAUCCAGGUUGAACUCGAUGGCAUGACUGCACGCAAAGGCCGUCCGUUCCGAAGAUUAUCCAUGGCCAGAGCAGAAGGCUACAUCGGCCUCAACCGCCUAAACGACGCAACCACCGUUCUUCAAGAACUCAUCAGCGUGGAACCGCCCGAACUCGAUGAUCUAAACGAUCAAGUCCUUCGUGUGCGGCGUCUAAUCCUCUCAGCGCGCAUCCACCACGAAGGCAACAAGUUUCCCGAGGCGCUUCAGCACUGGCAGCUCACGGGUCAAAUGAUCGACAGUCUGGGGAUAUUCAAGUCACGACAUGGCUGGACACUUGCUAUCGUUCAUUUAUCCAUGGCCCAUGCGCAUAUUGCGCUGGGCAAUGAGGACCUUGCACGACAGGCGUGGAAUGCAGGUGUUGAGAUUGCGAUGAGGGAGAGGUUUGAGUAUGUGUUUCCUGUGCUGGCGACGACGUGGCUGCAUAAGAUUGUGGGGGAGAUUCAUGAGGUUAAGGGAUGGCCGUUGAGGGUGAUGCUGCCGGGGGGAAAGUCGGAUUUGACGUGGCUGUAG